UAAGCUACAUACUGAAGGUCGCAGGGCUUGCAGUUAUAAUCCUUGUGUGUAUAUAUAUAUACUGAAGAGCAUAUGGUUAUAAUCUAACACCAUCCAUGCGUCAGUGGAUACUCCAGCUCCAAUCAAGCCGAUCAAUUAUCUCUCCUGCGAAAGGCACGUGUCGGGAUGGCUCAGAUCGCGAUGGUAUCGGCGCAGAUAGAGAUCAAGUCUCGUGCAGAUGUGUUUUACCGGUGCAUGAAGGGCGCUUUGCCACAGCUACCAAAGCUCGCACCGGAGCUCAUCAAAGAAUUCAAGUUCCUGCAGGGAAAUGAGGUCCGGGAUGGCACCGUGGUCUGGUACAAAUAUGCCAUCAACGGGAGUACAAUGAUGAUAACUGAUAGGCUCGAAGUGGACGAGUUGAGCAAGUCGCUUAACUUCGCCGUGCUGGAGGGGGAUGUCCUGAAGGAGUACAACAGUAUCAAGUUUAAAUUUCAGGUGAACAGCGGGCACGUUAAGGCAACCGUCGAGUUUGAGAAGGCAAGUGAGAGUUCCCCCAAUCCAGAUAGCUACAUCGGCUUGUUCGCGAUGACGAUCAAUGCACUCGAUGCUUACAUCUGCCGUGCUUGAUUUAAUAUGACGUGUGUACAUCAUGCAUAAUGCUAUAAUAAACAGAAGCCAUAUCACUGAGACAUCCACAGCUUCAAUCAUAUAAGCUUAUGCGGAAAAAGUUCAGAUUCUCAUAGUGAGAUUAUCCGUUCUCUUUUAAAUUUUCUGUUUUAAUUUUCUUGUAUUAGAUUAAUUAUCUUCCUUAUAAUCGGAAAAUAUUAUGAUGAUGAUAAUAAUAUGGGAAUUGAUGUGUGAUUUUCAUUGUGGAA